CUCAUUGCUGACUUAUGUACGCUACCUCUUUAUUUUCUCCCCGUUGUUUACAGAACACCCGUGUAGCUCAUCUCCUCUUCUCUUUCUUGAAAAGACACGGCAGCAGCGGUCACCAUGUCAUCCAAAUACGUCAAGAGGGUCACCCUCUUCAAGGUGCCCAAGGAGGAAGACAUUGAUGCCAUUCUCGCAGAGUACCAGGUCAUGCGAAGCACCGCACAGAAGGAUGGACAACCGUACAUCGUCUCCAACGAGGCCAAUCGGGUAAUCAACUCGUCGGAAGAGCGAAGUCAGGGGUACACCGUGAUUGCAGUCACGACCUUCAGGUCACGGGAAGACGUCGACUACUACGACAAAGGGUGCGCCGCGCACAAGAAGCUGAGGGAGUUCAUCACCCCCAGACGGACCGGGUUUGCUACGAUGCACUACGAGAGCGAUCUUGGAUCUUGAAGGUCGCCCAAAGGUCGAGUAAAAUAUAUCCAGGGCACAAUACAACGAGAUUUAUUCUUCGACUUCCCUCGUCUAUAUUACCGU